CUGCUGUCAUUUUGUAGUAGAAAUUAACAGAAAGGUGACCUCACUUCCACAGGGAUCCUUCUUGAAAACUUUUGACACUUCUCAGUCUCUCUUGGUGAAUCCUCUUCCUCCACUACCUCUUAAAUAAAUGUUGAUGUGCUCAGGCCUCUUCGUAGGCUAUAUCUUCUGUCCAGAUGAUCUCAUCCCUUACUCUUGGAUUUUACUCCACCCAGAUCUGAAGCACUAGCCCAGAUUUCUCCCCCUGAGCUUCAGACCUAUGUAUCUAGCUGCUUACUGUGCUGUUCCAUCUCAGCAUUCCACAGAUACUAUACAUUCCCCAAUAUAAGAUAUGCUUCUCUUGUUUUCCCUGUUAUAUUAGGGAGUACUACUAUGACCAAGACUUUUUUUUUUUCCUCUACCAAGACUUUCAAGUCAGAAGACUGGAAAUUAUCCUAGCUUAGCUCCCUCUCUCUCAACCCCACCCUUCAUCAGUCACCUUCUCUUUCCCCUUCUGUGUAUGGGGAUCCUGACCACUUCUCUCCAUCCUCAUAGCCACUGCCCUUUGGUCCACCCCAUUUCACUAUGCUAGAAUCUUCACCUUCAGUCUCACUGUCCUCCAUCUUAUUCCUCACUCCCCCCAACCAAACUUACCUCAAAAACGGAGUUGUGAUAGACAGCUCCCCACAAUCUGCUCCCAAGCCUUACCCUCCAGCACUGUCAGGACCCUUCUUCUAGGUAUACACCACUUUGUAAGAGGUUCAGAAACAUUUGGAACAAUAAAAUAUAAAUAUCCUUGUUACUCUAAGGACCUGCAGACCUAAGGGACUGCAUCAUCUGGGAUCUUAUGAAAAACUUAGAAUCUCAGGUCCCACCCUAAACUUACCAUAUCAAAAUCCUCAUUUACAAGACCUCCAGGUGAUUUAUGUGCACAUUGAAAUUUGAGAAGCACUGAGUUAUAAAACAAUUUUUAAUGAGUGGAGAAAUCAGAGCUAUGGGAAAAUCUGAUGAAGUCAGAACUGAAGUAACAUUAAUACUGUUAAAUGCAUGAAGUCUGGUGGUCUGCACUUAAUGGGGGUGGGUAGUAAUACUGAUUCUGAGGAAAUCGGAAGACAACUUGAUCAAAUCAAGAUUUCUAGUAUAUGUAGGUACUGGGCUUAAUACUUUCUCUUCCACCACCUCUCUCCUGCCUCCUUUCAUAUCACAGUGCCUACAUCAAAAAAUGCCCUAAGGCCUGAUCUUCCUUUCCAGGGGGCUAAAGAUCAAGCCCUCUUCACCACCUUCCUUAGUUUCCUGAGGUUAGUUAGCUGUGGCAGCAAGAUCAAAGAGCAGGCCUCUCUUAUCCCCCAACAUCUAUUCAUUAUUCGGUCCAGGUAUCACUUCUUCCAAAAAGGCCACCCUCCCUCCCUGACCUUCCCCUUCCUGCUGUGCACCAGGCCAUAGGGCCACUUUUUACCCUGUACUGUAAUUGAUUAAUGGGAGGCAGUCCCCAGCUGUGCUGAUUCCAGGCUUUGGAAUCAGAUACUCUCAGGUCUGAAUCCCAGCUCCCCCUCCUACAAGAUAAGACUUUGCGCCAGUGACUUAACCUCUCUGGGCUUUCCUUUCCUCACCUGUAAAAUGUGGCUAAUAAUAGUACUUUACUGUCCACAACCGUUGAGAGAAAUGGGUGAAUUAACACAUGGCAGUAAUGUGUGCCAUACCUCACGGAGCCCCGGCGCCCGGUUUAAACAGUAAAUAGCUGAGCGGCUGCAGCGCUCAGAGUCAGGCUGGCCAGUGUUGAGCUAGGAGGAACUGGAGGCCUGUGCGGGGCGCGGGACUCCUUUCACCUUUCGACUAGUCGGGCUUGCCCCCUCGCGAGUAAGGCGGGGCCGUCGGAUUGAGUGACGGCUCGUGGCCCGCCCCGGGCGUGACGUCGUCCUGGUGUUGUUGCUGCGGCUGCACGUGGUCCACUGAGUCGCUUCAGAGUUAGCUGCGCUCCGCGUCCUGGGCACCAGCCGCUUGCCUUCCUGUUCGUCCCGCUCGCUAUGUCCACAUCCACGAGCUGCCCGAUUCCCGGGGGCAGGGACCGGCUGCCCGACUGCUACAGCACCACGCCGGGGGGCACGCUAUACGCCACGACCCCGGGAGGCACCAGGAUCAUCUACGACCGAAAGUUCCUGCUGGAGUGCAAGAACUCACCCAUUGCUCGGACGCCCCCCUGCUGCCUCCCUCAGAUUCCCGGGGUCACAACUCCUCCAACAGCCCCACCCUCCAAGCUGGAGGAGCUGAAGGAGCAGAAGGAGACAGAGGAAGAGAUACCCGAUGACGCACAAUUUGAAAUGGACAUCUAAUCCAGUGCAGAUGAUCCUGUGUGGAAUUAGAGGAAUCCCUCAUACCGCUGCUGCCAUCACCUCUUCCUGGUGUAUUCCAGACACCAGGUGGCCUCAUAUAAUCUGGAAGGGAGUGACUUGUUGAUUUGGGGCCUCCCUUAGUUCUGAGGCAGCUAGACCAGGGAUAGGAGUGGGCAACUUGCCAAGCCCUUAGCUCUACUCUCCCUUUGGUCUGUAGGUACUCCUCCCAACCCCCAGCCCUCCACCAUCAGGGGCUGAGGCUGGGACUGAGGGGUGGAGUUAUGUCACUGUCUGAUCGCUUAGUAAAAAUUCAAAGAAUGCUUUGA